AUGACUGGAAAGACAUUUUUUGUGUUCCUGAUCAUCCGCAGCUUAGUAGUAGCCACAACAUCCCAGCCCGUGGUUACGGUGCAGCAGGGUGCAAUCAAGGGCACAACCCAUAUCUUCAUAGAAGAUGAGUUCACAGGAGCAGGAGGCACGAAGGUGGAUGUCUUCAAGGGGAUACCGUUUGCUGAGCCGCCUCUCGGUGAGCUGCGCUUCAAGCCUCCGGUAGAGAAGACGGAGUGGAGUGGCAUCUAUGUUGCAACCUACUUCAGGCCUGCUUGUCUUCAAGAUCGUAACGUCGGGUUGAGUUUGGUGAUAAACGAAGACUGUCUUUAUCUCAAUGUCUUCGCACCCAAUCAACGGAUGGUGAGUCGAAGUUGGAGGAUACUCGCCACAUAGGCCCGAGAAUGUUUUUAUGUCCAUUAUAUGUUUUAACAGAAAAGGAAGGGGUGUCUGUCGUAGGUAUGCGAGUCACACAUGC